AUGGCGCAGAAGCGCCCAUUCAACGAAGGAAAGAGGCACUUCAAGAAGAACAAGAAGCAGAAGAAGUCCACAGGCACUGAAGGAUCCAACGAGGAUGUACUGCUGGCGGAUGUUAGAGGAUUGCUGGCAAGAACACGACUCGACGCCGGAAAAGACGAGGAGAAUAAGCUGCCCGAUCAACACGCAGAAUUAGACCUGACCAUAUCCGAGCUGUCCUCGACAGGGGACGGGCUCGCUGAGAAAGAUGGUCAAGUAUACGUGAUUCCGUUCGCGGUUCCCGGCGAUAACGUUCGUGCAAGAGUAUACAAGCAUAUGGAAGAGGAGUCAUACUCUCUAACAGACUUCGUCAAAGUCCUUUCGUCCUCCGAGCACCGCACCGAAACUCCCAAAUGCCCCUACUUCACGCAAUGCUCUGGUUGUCAGUUUCAGCAUCUUCCUUACGCGUACCAAUUGGCACACAAGCGGCGGGUCGUGGAGAAGGCGUACCAGAACUUCUCCAAGCUGUCGUCAGUAGCAGUCCCGAAGGUCGGUGACACUAUCGGCUCGCCUCUCCAGUAUGGCUACCGAACAAAGCUGACACCCCACUUCGAUGGACCUCCUGGUGGAAGAAGAGAUAACCGGAACGGGAAGCCAGUGACAUGGCCCGAGGUGCCUCCGAUAGGAUAUAUGAAGAAGGGAACCCGGAAGACGAUGGAUAUCGAGGACUGUCCGAUUGGGACAGGAGCAGUUCGCAUUGGGCUGAAGAGCGAGCGGAAAAGGGUGGCGAACCAGAUCGACACGUACAAGAGAGGGGCUACAUUGCUGUUGAGGGAGAACACGGAAAGGAGAGCGAGGGACAAGGACAAGGAAGUUCACGGCGACGGCGAGAAGACGGAGGGCGAUGCGGUACUUGAGGACAGGGGAGAGUACACACAUCGCAAGACCUGCAUCACCGAUCACAAAGCCAUCUCAACCGAAUAUGUGGACGACUUUCGCUUCGACAACCCAGCCGGCGCUUUCUUCCAGAACAACAACUCAAUCUUACCUCUCGUCACCCAGUACAUCCGCGACAACAUCCUCAGCUCUUCCCCUCCAGAUUCAACUACUCCACAGAUCAAGAACCUUGUCGACGCCUACUCCGGCUCCGGCUUCUUCACCAUCACCCUCUCCUCUCUCUUCGACAAAAGCAUUGGCAUCGACAUCAGCCCUCAGUCCAUCGACUCUGCAACGCAAAACGCCAAGCUCAACAACCUACCCAACGACUCCACCCGCUUCAUCGCAGCAGACGCCUCUGCUCUCUUCGACGCCCUAGAUGUCACGAAGUACAAGCCAGAAGAGACAGUGGUGGUGCUCGAUCCACCCCGCAAAGGGUGCGACGAAGGCUUCAUACGGCAGCUGAUCACGUACGCGCCACAGCGCAUCUGCUAUGUGAGCUGCAACGUGCAUACGCAGGCUAGGGAUGUCGGACUGUUGGUCGGUGGGCUGGGUGGUGAGGAAGGCAUGAGCAGUGGGCUGUAUGAGAUUGAGAGUUUGAGAGGAUUCGACUUUUUCCCACAGACCAGCCAUGUUGAAGGUGUGGCCAUCUUGCGAAAGAUGGCACGAGAAACUGAGGAGGAGGAUGUGGAUGAGGAGGGUGGCGUCUCGUUGGGGGAUAUUAGGAAGAAUGAAGAAGUAUGA